AUGGGACGUGUCCCCCCAGAGGAGCCUCCAGCCCAGUUCCAGCCAGCGGCCCACUCACUGGGCCUGCAGGGGACCCACGGCUCGCCUCCAGCCUCCUGCGCUCCGGUACCCGGGCGUCCCAACUCCACUGCGCGCCCAAACCCAGCCGAGCCGGUUUGUGGCCCGCCCCGCCGGGCGGCCGUCGACGCGAGCGCCCUGGCGCGGGGCCCAGGGGAGCGGGGGGCUCCCGCGAGCCGGCCGCGGCUGGCACUGCUGCUGCUCCUGCUCCUGCUGCCGCUGCCCUCCGGCGCGUGGUACAAGCACGUGGCGAGUCCCCGCUACCACACGGUGGGCCGCGCCGCUGGCCUGCUCAUGGGGCUGCGUCGCUCACCCUAUCUGUGGCGCCGCGCGCUGCGCGCGGCCGCCGGGCCCCUGGCCAGGGACACCCUCUCCCCCGAACCCGCCGCCCGCGAGGCUCCUCUCCUGCUGCCCUCGUGGGUUCAGGAGCUGUGGGAGACGCGACGCAGGAGCUCCCAGGCAGGGAUCCCCGUCCGUGCGCCCCGGAGCCCGCGCGCCCCAGAGCCUGCGCUGGAACCGGAGUCCCUGGACUUCAGCGGAGCCGGCCAGAGACUUCGGAGAGACGUCUCCCGCCCAGCCGUGGCCCCCGCAGCAAACCGCCUUGGCCUGCCCCGCCUGGCCCCCGGACCGUUCUGACAGCGUCCCCCGCCCCCGGCGCCUCCGCGCCUGACCCAGGAGGAGUGGCCGCGCGCUUCCAGGAGCCGCUCACAGACCCGGCCUGCCGUCCGGUCAAUAAAAUCCGCCUGACUUCUGCGCCCCCGC